AUGAAGCUUAAGAUGGCAUCAAUUAUACCUUCUGAUGAUAGUAAGGCCUGUUUACUUGCUGCACAAUAUCUGGCCAAAGGAAAAGUUAUUGCAGUGCCAACAGAUACUAUAUAUGGUUUAGCUUGUAGUGCUAAUUGUAGGGAAGCUAUAAAAACAUUAUAUGCUAUUAAAGGGAGGGAUUCUGCUAAACCUGUAGCUAUUUGUGUAAGUUCUAUUGCAGAUGUAAGAAAAUGGGGUGAAGCAAGGCACUUAAGUGAUAAUUUAUUACAGCAAUUGUUACCCGGCCCAGUGACUAUUGUUUUAGAGAGAACAAAAUUAUUAGACAAUCCCUACCUGAAUCCUAUGACUGCUAAAAUUGGUAUACGGAUACCAAAUUGUAUGUUUAUUAACAGUGUUACAAAAACUCUGGAUAUGCCAGUUGCAUUAACCAGUGCAAACUCUAGUAAUGAACCAUCAUCAUUAUCUAUAAAUGAAUUUAACCAUUUAUUUUUUCAUCUAGCUGCAGUGUUUGAUGGAGGUGUAUUGCAUCAGGGUUUGGAUAAAAACCGAAGUGGUUCCACAGUUGUAGACUUAUCUAAUAUUGGUUAUUAUAAUAUUAUAAGAAAGGGUAUAUCAUAUGAAAACAUUGUUCAGACAUUGCAUGACAACGGUUUGAAAAGUGUUUCAUAG